AGCCGGUCCAGAUGCGUUUGCGGUUGGCGAGGGGCCUGCCCUCCUCCAGCCCUGGGUUCUGGCUUCCCCGUCUGCCUCGACCUUGAUUUUGAUCUAGAUCUGAAGGGUCUGGAGAUCUUUAGAGGCUUAGCUACCUGGUGGAAAGGACGGGUUUUGUUCCGGGGGUUUCUGCAGUUACUCAAAGACUGUGAGGCGGCAGCAUCUGCAGACGCUGCCUAUGUCUGUAAGGGCUGCUGGAUUCUGCCAGAUUUGUAAACUAGAUGAUGGACAUUUAAACAACUCCUUGGGCUCUCCAGUUCAAGCCGACGUGUAUUUCCCACGACUGAUAGUUCCAUUUUGUGGACAUAUUAAAGGUGGCAUGAGACCAGGCAAAAAGGUGUUAGUGAUGGGCAUCGUUGACCUCAACCCUGAGAGCUUUGCCAUCAGCUUGACCUGUGGUGACUCUGAAGAUCCUCCGGCUGAUGUGGCAAUUGAACUCAAAGCUGUGUUUACAGACCGGCAGCUACUCAGAAAUUCUUGUAUAUCAGGCGAAAGGGGUGAAGAACAGUCAGCAAUUCCUUACUUUCCAUUCAUCCCAGACCAGCCAUUCAGGGUGGAAAUUCUCUGUGAGCACCCACGUUUCAGAGUGUUUGUGGAUGGACAUCAACUUUUUGAUUUUUACCACCGCGUUCAAACGUUAUCUGCAAUUGACACCAUAAAGAUAAAUGGGGACCUCCAGAUCACUAAGCUCGGCUGAUGUUUAAACCACCUCCAAUUCAAAUAGGAUCAGGUGCCACAACUAUCUGACUGUUAGUCUGGAAGAAGUGUCUUAACAUCUGGAGACUUAAAAAGAAAACAAAAAUGAAAGGCAAACUUCACGGUCUCUUCUUUGCAGUUUAAAACCAAAACGACAACUUCAACCAAGGUUUGCCCUUAGGAAGCUGUCGGAACAAAGACACCGAGCCAUUAUUCCCAGAACAAAGUAAUACUUUUAUGCUGGAUUUUAUUCAGACUAAACUGAAAUGGAUUUGUGAUGAUUUGUGAUUUGGUAGCAAGUUAUUCAUCUUAUCAAAGCAAGAUGAUGUUUAGAAACAAAAGUGCUAAAGACUUAAAAUAACAACAACAAAGACGGUACACCGAAAUCAACUCAUUUCUGCACUGAAGUGGAAUUGCGUAGCACAACCAACAUUUUAGUCAGGGUAUUAACAUAGAAUGUAGGUUGUUCAAGGUUUGUGUGGUUGUUUUUUGUUUUUGGGUUUUUUUUUUUUUUUUUUUUUUGCACAGCAUAAUGUUAAAUCAGAUUUUUAAAAGCUUUCUCAUAUUUAUUUAUACUCAACCUAUGUAUUAGAAAAUGACUAAUAUCUCAAGAACAAGAAGUUAGCAACUUCUGAAUGUACAAAUACCUUAGGUCCAAAGGGGGAAGAUACAUAUUACAAUCAUGAAACAAGUGAAUUUCUACCUUAAAAGAAUUGAGUCAUAUCCUCCAGACCCCUAAACUUAGGAUCUCUUGAAAUAAAUUGCUGUAAGUGCUUUGGGAAGACUUUGCAACAUUUCAGUAAAACUGCUUUUCUAGUUAUUGAUAAUUAAUGUAAAAUUCUAUUUCCAUUGUUUUUUCUCCUUACUGUGAAUUAGCACAGUAUUGGCUUCCUUAAGACUGACAAGCUACUUUUCCUUAGAUUUACAUAAUGGCUCCUUAAGUUGCUAUUAAACUAAUUGACAACAUAUAAGGUAAUUACGUAGACAAUUUUUAAAUGACUGUUAAAUAAAUUUUUAAGAGUACAAUAUGAAAAUGAUUCUGGAAUGAGGUGUAAAGCAGAAGCAAAUGGCCCUAAAUAACUUACUUGCAAAUAAUUUAUAUCAACUUAAGCUGUUAGCUCAUUGUAUCACUUUUAUUAUGUGACCCUCACCAGUAUCCCUAAGCAAUGCCUUUGCAGCUUCAGCGUGGAGGAUGCUUCCUACUUUGUUGGCUCUGCUGAGAUACUAGGAGAAGAUGGGACCCAGAUUAGGAAAUAAUCCGAUUAGUUUGUCUGAAAGGUUAACUCCCAGAAUUCUGGGUCUUUGAGUCCAGCCAGUAGUGUGAAUGCUCCCAAUUAAGCUGGAGGAGUUUCCCUGCACUGUGGAACUGAUCAGCCAGCAGUGCCUCUCUGGGAGGAGCUUGCACUGCUGUAAAUGUAUGUCAAAGAGGCAAGGGAUGGUUGGAGUCCUGGGUGCUGAGCUUCCCAAACUGCAUUGGUUCUGGAGGGAAGGACCCUUCGCAUUGCUUUGGUCAGGUAGUGGAGGGUGGGAAAAAGGGGUGCUGGGGUGGGGAUGUAUUUAUAUAUAAUUUAGGUUUUGUUUGUACAGCAUACUGUGUCUUGUUAUGACAUGUCCUUGUCCUGCUUUGCUUUGAGUUUUUUUACACAACAUGCAGAGGCACUGAAGUGGCCACAUCAUUUUCACGUGUCGAGAAUGUAGACAGUGUUUCAGUACCAAAGUCUAAGAAAAAGAAAACUAAAAUUGUGAUUUUUUUUAUAGGUGAUAUAUUUGGAUUCUUCUAACCUUUGAAACUGUUUAGCACAGUUCCAGUAUGUUAUAUAAGAAGAUUCUUUACCCAACAGGACUGGCUGAGCAUUAAAAAGCAUUGUGGACCAGCUGGCUUAAUCAGCUAUAUUCAGCCAAAAAGCUGUUCUGUGGCUUCAGGUAUUUCCAAACCUGUGAUUGACAUCUCGUGGCUCAUAAAGCCAUUAGAUUUUGAGGAGUAUUUGUAGAGAGACGUAGAGGGCACCCUGAAAUAAAUUUGUAGGGGUUUUGAUUCUACUUAUGAUGGAAGAACCCAUGAGAGGUUUCCUUUGAGUGGCCAUCCAUUCCCACCCACUGCAUAAUUCAGCAGAAACCAGAGGAGUUGGGAGUGUAACUGAUUGGAAAUGACACCCUGUACUCUCUACCUAUCAGCUAACUGGUUAGCAGCCAAGCCCUUAGGCAGCUUAGUAUAAAGAUAGAUUGCUAACCCUUCAUUUCUCUAUGAGGUCAGUGGGAACCGCUUUAUUAAACCUAUUGGAAUUAAGCAAAAUGAUGUGAUAGUUUGAUUCAGCUAUAGGUAAAUUAGCAGGGACCUAAUCUAGUUGUACUAAUCUUUAGUUAUAAACUGGAAACAAUGUUUAUACCCUGUCACCGGCUGAGGUCCAAGGUGGGAAUUCAGAAUGGAAAGUGCAAUUUAAAGCUUCACAGGAAAGCAUUUGGGUAUGUAAGGAGUUAUUUCUAACCAGAGUCCUCAUUUUGCAAUGUGACCAAAACCAAGGAAUGUAAUUAACAAUCAGGCUCUGGGGGAAUAAAAGGCAGGCUUUAGACAAUCUGUCCAUUUCUGCAUGAAAAUUGGAGUGAAUGUUUGUAUCUACUUAAAAGUUAAUAGGAGUGACUUCUACUUUCUGGACUAGCCUAGAAUUGUCUUAAAAUUAUUUUUUAGUUUUUAAUUUGAAACCGCAUUUCAAAUUUUGCCAACCUCAAUUCGAAGCUCUAACAGAUCACUCUUAGAAUUGAUGGUGAUUUGUUACAAUGGCAAAUCCUUUCAUUUGUAUUAAAAAGAAAAUAUCCAAAAAGAGGAAGGGAGUCCUGUUUCCUUGAGAGACACAGCCUUGGCAUUUUCUAACACUAAUGUAGAAAUAAUGUACCUCUGAUGAGAUAUUUUCAAAGAAACACUUUCUUAUUUACUGCGUGGUGUAAAAUGUGCUAAAUGUGUUCUUACAUUAUUAUGUCACUGCUGAAAGUUAUUUGCACUAUAAUAAAGGAAUUUUUUACAAAAUGGUUUCCAGUCGAUAACGUGCUAAGUUUGGCACCAGGUGAGACAUACUUACCAUAGACCAUCUAUAGCAGUGCCCCCUCACUUCUACACUCAUACUCCAAGACCAGGUGUCCCUGUGUGUCUCACAUUGAUAACCUGAUCAAGGAAAGGAAAUUGUCUCAGGGCCCUCAGAGACUUGAUGAGUUUAUGUUGUAUAUGCAGUGGAUUCUUUUAAAAUACAAU